AUCCUUUCUGCCUUAUUUAUUUUCAAUUUUUUCUUUGUAAUUUAUUUUCAGGGCAAAUUUAUUCGGAUCAACUUUGAUGUAACUGGCUAUAUUGUUGGGGCCAACAUUGAAACAUACCUUCUGGAAAAAUCUCGUGCUGUUCGCCAAGCAAAAGAUGAGCGUACUUUUCAUAUCUUUUACCAGCUGCUAUCUGGAGCAGGAGAACACCUAAAGUCUGACUUGCUGCUUGAAGGAUUUAACAACUACAGAUUCCUCUCCAACGGUUAUAUUCCCAUUCCGGGACAGCAAGACAAAGAUAACUUCCAGGAGACGAUGGAAGCGAUGCAUAUAAUGGGCUUCUCUCAUGAAGAGAUUCUGUCUAUGCUUAAAGUAGUGUCUUCAGUGCUUCAGUUUGGAAACAUUUCUUUCAAAAAGGAGCGAAACACUGAUCAAGCUUCCAUGNNNNACACUCUAGUUGCCCAGAAGCUGUGCCAUCUUCUUGGGAUGAAUGUGAUGGAGUUCACUCGGGCCAUCCUUACCCCCCGCAUCAAGGUCGGCCGAGACUACGUGCAGAAAGCCCAGACCAAAGAACAAGCGGACUUUGCAGUGGAAGCAUUGGCAAAAGCUACCUACGAGCGGCUCUUUCGCUGGCUCGUUCACCGGAUCAAUAAAGCUCUGGAUAGGACCAAGCGUCAGGGAGCAUCUUUCAUUGGAAUCCUGGACAUUGCUGGAUUUGAAAUUUUUGAGCUGAACUCCUUCGAGCAGCUGUGCAUCAACUACACGAACGAGAAGCUGCAGCAGCUGUUCAACCACACCAUGUUCAUCCUGGAGCAGGAGGAGUACCAGCGCGAGGGCAUCGAGUGGAACUUCAUCGACUUCGGGCUCGACCUGCAGCCGUGCAUCGACCUGAUAGAGAGGCCGGCCAACCCUCCCGGUGUGCUUGCCCUUUUGGAUGAGGAGUGCUGGUUCCCGAAAGCCACAGAUAAAACCUUUGUUGAAAAACUAGUUCAAGAGCAAGGUUCCCACUCCAAGUUCCAGAAACCCCGGCAGCUGAAAGACAAAGCUGACUUUUGCAUCAUACACUACGCAGGGAAGGUGGACUACAAGGCGGACGAGUGGCUGAUGAAGAACAUGGACCCCCUGAACGACAACGUGGCCACGCUGCUGCACCAGUCCUCGGACAGAUUUGUGGCCGAGCUCUGGAAGGAUGUGGAUCGGAUUGUGGGCCUGGAUCAAGUCACUGGGAUGACGGAGACAGCUUUUGGCUCUGCCUAUAAAACCAAGAAGGGCAUGUUUCGAACCGUCGGCCAGCUCUACAAAGAGUCUCUCACCAAGCUGAUGGCGACUCUCCGCAACACCAACCCCAACUUCGUUCGCUGCAUCAUUCCAAACCACGAGAAGCGGGCUGGGAAACUGGACCCGCACCUCGUGCUGGACCAGCUGCGCUGCAACGGUGUGCUGGAAGGCAUCCGCAUCUGCCGCCAGGGCUUCCCCAACCGGAUCGUGUUCCAGGAGUUCCGGCAGAGAUACGAGAUCCUCACUCCAAAUGCAAUUCCUAAAGGCUUUAUGGAUGGCAAACAGGCUUGUGAACGAAUGAUCCGGGCUUUAGAAUUAGAUCCAAACUUGUACAGAAUUGGACAGAGCAAGAUAUUUUUCCGAGCUGGAGUUUUGGCACAUUUAGAGGAAGAACGGGAUUUAAAAAUUACCGACAUCAUUAUCUUCUUCCAGGCCGUUUGCAGAGGUUACCUAGCAAGAAAGGCCUUUGCCAAGAAGCAGCAGCAGCUCAGCGCCCUGAAGGUCCUGCAGCGGAACUGCGCCGCGUACCUGAAGCUGCGGCACUGGCAGUGGUGGCGCGUCUUCACGAAGGUGAAGCCGCUCCUGCAAGUCACUCGCCAAGAGGAAGAACUUCAGGCCAAAGAUGAAGAGCUGCUGAAGGUGAAGGAGAAGCAGACCAAGGUGGAAGGGGAGCUGGAGGAGAUGGAGAGGAAGCACCAGCAGCUCUUAGAAGAGAAGAACAUCCUUGCAGAGCAACUGCAGGCGGAGACUGAGCUCUUUGCUGAGGCAGAAGAGAUGAGAGCCAGACUCGCUGCUAAGAAGCAGGAGCUGGAAGAGAUUCUGCAUGACUUGGAGUCGAGGGUGGAAGAAGAAGAAGAAAGAAACCAAAUCCUCCAAAAUGAAAAGAAAAAAAUGCAAGCGCAUAUUCAGGACCUGGAGGAGCAGCUGGACGAGGAAGAAGGGGCCCGGCAGAAGCUGCAGCUGGAGAAGGUGACGGCCGAGGCGAAAAUCAAGAAGAUGGAGGAGGAGAUUCUGCUUCUUGAGGACCAAAACUCCAAAUUUAUCAAAGAAAAGAAACUCAUGGAGGACCGCAUUGGUGAGUGCUCCUCUCAGCUGGCUGAAGAGGAAGAAAAGGCAAAAAACUUGGCCAAAAUCAGGAAUAAGCAAGAAGUGAUGAUCUCGGAUUUAGAAGAACGCUUAAAGAAGGAAGAGAAGACCCGUCAGGAGCUGGAAAAGGCCAAGAGGAAACUGGACGGCGAGACGACUGACCUGCAGGACCAGAUCGCUGAGCUGCAGGCCCAGAUCGACGAGCUCAAGGUGCAGCUGGCCAAGAAGGAGGAGGAGCUGCAGGGCGCGCUGGCCAGGGGCGACGACGAGACGCUCCACAAGAACAACGCCCUGAAGGUGGUGCGGGAGCUGCAAGCCCAGAUCGCCGAGCUUCAGGAGGACUUUGAAUCGGAGAAGGCUUCGCGGAACAAGGCAGAGAAGCAGAAACGGGACCUGAGUGAGGAGCUGGAGGCUCUGAAAACCGAGCUGGAGGACACGCUGGACACCACCGCCGCCCAGCAGGAGCUUCGGUGAGUGAGGCCGGCGCCC